AUGCAUUCACAGGGAGAGUUGAUCCGCAUAGCAAUUGAUGAAGCACAUUGUAUUAGCGAAUGGGGCCACGACUUUCGUCCGGCAUACAAACAGCUUUCUUGGUUUAGGCGUCAUCUGAAUGAGCCGCCAGUCCCAAUAAGUGCUUUCACGGCCACGGCAACUCCACGUGUGCGCAGAGAUAUCAUCAACAUCCUUGGAUUGGAGCCUGCUCGGCUGAAGUUGUUCAACACUCCCUCUGCUAGGCCGAACAUCCACUAUGAGAUCAGAUACCUCGAAGACUUUGCAGAAGAUCCGCUUGAGAUCGAGAAUUUUCAGCUGAACGACCUCCACUCGUGGUUGAAAUCCAUCCGAACGCGACGAGAAGCUAGGCUAGAUGCUAAGGACGCCGUACUUCCCCCGAUUUUCGGCAUCGUCUAUGUGCCUUACCGCGUAAUUGCUGAACAGCUAGCCACCGCUCUUACGAAAGUGUCUGAUGGAAGCAUUCGUGCAGUAGCUUAUCACGCCGGCCUUUCCUCGGAAGACAGGAAUCGUGUGCAGACUGAGUGGACCGCGUCAAGGCCUUUGGCUGCAGAGGAAGGCCCCCAUCCUUCAUUCUAUAUCAUCGUUGCGACUAACGCGUUCGGUAUGGGCAUUGAUAACCCCCAUGUUCGCUUUGUGGUCCACUGGACUCCUCCUCGCAGCUUCGAGGGUCUCGUUCAAGAAUCUGGCCGUGCAGGCCGAGACGGCCGCGCCGCCGCCUCUCUCAUCUACUAUAACACCCAAGAACGAGACCGGGUCCUCGACCGCCUGUACAAGGACGUCCAGAACGCCAAGAUCCGAGCUGGUAUUAAAGGCGACAACGGCAAUGAAAACCAGGACUCAUAUACAAAAGCCGUACAUAACUUGCAGAGCCACAGUGCCCGGCUGCAGAGCUUCAAACAGGUUAUCCGAUACUGCGAAACAGUGACCCAAUGCAGACAUGAGCUCAUCAAGGACUUCUUCGGGGACCAAGAGCUCGAGAUGAUGGGGUCUCAAGUCGCAGGCCGCAACGUCAAGACCGAGGGAGCGACUACGUCCCCUUGUGACUUUGCAUGUGACUUUUGCAAAUAUGGCACGGUUGAGCUGAGAAAACGAAAAGCGAGCAUGCCCCCUCGGAGCGACCCUUCAGCGUUCAUGGACCGCAGCCUUGUUCAGAGUAUCCAAAGAAUGUUUAGUGAUCUCCACUAG